UGCGAAGAUGCUGAGAGAAAUGAUUGGGGCAAGUGCGUUUGGCAGCAGAUCAAACCUUUCGUAGCGCAUUACGUGGAUGCAAAGCUGGAGCAAACGUUCCACGAGUUCUGGAAGGCUGAGAUACAAGGCAUCCAGAACAUCCUUUUCGAUGCAAAACUAAAGGCUCUGGAUAACUCGAGAAGAUUUCCCAACGGCACCUUGAACUCAUCGCAGAAAGUCGUGGAUGCCAUGCACGCUGAGAUGAAUUUUGCCCAUAUGUUGAUGCUUGACAGAAUUCCGCAGUUCACCACUCCAAGCAAGACGCAUUGGCUGGAGGCGAUUCCGGAUUGGCUGAAUAUGACCAUGAUCAUGCAGGACACAGAAGUGCACUUUCCCGAGGAGAAAAUGCCGGCGGCCUCGCUUAACUAUUUCAAUUGCACCGGCUUCAAUUUGACGUUUUGCGUCCGCCUGCAGCCGCAGGGCCUCGCCAUUCGGAGGCAGUCGCCGUCUCCUUCGACGCUGCGGCCGGCCAAGGAGGAGCUCUUUUUUUUCCUUUUUGGCACCUUCUCCGCACCCCUAAGUGCCACCUCCAGCGAGGAGCGGGGAGUGAACGGCGUGGAGGCCAAGGACCUGCACGUGGCCCGGACCGAGGCUUCCUGGAGCCGAAGUGAGACCCCGUGGAAGGUGUCGGCAGCUGCGCAGGAGCCCUUGCGACGACGGGAGUCGAGUGGCGAGCGCUCCCGGGCCUCGAAAAACGCCCCCGGCCCGGGGGGGGCCACAGGCGAGCGCCGCCGCGGCAGUCUGCAAGAGCGCGCAGCAGCUCUGGAGCGGCUCAACCAGGCGGCGCCUCAGAGUCGCCAGAGGCCAAAGGCACUUCGAAACGUGCCUAGAACCACAGCGAGCCUUUGCAGGGCGGCUUCGGAGGCGAACGCCGCCUUCCGGGCGCACAUGGAGGACAGCUCCGUGAUCAUCGACCCGCUCCUUGCAGAGCAGGAUGGAGAGCUCUGGGGCUACUUCGCUGUGUACGACGGGCACGGCGGGCGGCAGGCGGUGGACUUCUGCGAGACGAAGCUCCACGGCCUGGUUCUCGACGAGCUCCUGAACGUCACGAGGAUGGCGGGGGAGCCCGUGGCGGAUGAGGUGGUCGGCGAGGUGCUCUCCAGGGCGUUUCGGCGUGUGGACGAGCAGCUGAAGCUUCUGGGAACUUGGCGCUGCGGCUGCACAGCCACCGUGGUGCUGGCACACCGGACGGCUUCGGGGCUGCGUCUCCACUCGGCGAAUGUGGGCGAUUCGCGAGCCAUCGUCCUGGAGUCCGGCAGCGAGUGCCGGCUCACGCGCGACCACAGGCCAACUGACCCGGCCGAAAUCCAGCGGGUCGAAGCCGAAGGCGGCUUCGUGGCGCGUGGCCGGGUGGUCGGCCAACUUGGGGUCAGCCGGGCGCUGGGCGACCACUCGCUGAAGUCCGUCGGGGUCACCUGGCAUCCGCACAUCUGCACGCGCGAAGUUCCGCAGGACGCCGUUUUAGUGAUUGCCAGCGAUGGCCUCUGGGACGUGAUGUCCGAUGGCGACGCGCGGGCGGUGGUCGAUCGCAACGUCGCGGAGCGCCUGCAGGACAAGGCCCCCGAGUUUUUGAUCAAGGCUGCGCUCCGUGCAGGAAGCACGGACAAUACCACUGCCUUGGUCGCCUUCUUUGGCUCGGUCCAUGCCCUGGUGGUGACGGUAGCGUUGUUGGCGUUUAUUCCCAGUGUGCUGCUCCGGCGAAGUCCCAUCGAGUUUCAGGCAAGUUUCUCGUUGGCUUUCACCGGAGCCGUGCCUGCCUUCUCAUCUUCUCACCCUAUAGAGCUGAGGGACAAGAAGGCUCUCAGAUCCGUCGGUCCGUCCAGGGCCUCUGCAGAGCCACGGCCUCUUCUCGCAGAGACGCAAGCGCGGCCGGACUCAGAAGCAGCAAG